GCUUAGUAAUCGAUUUUGUGUGUACUUGCUGUAAACGCCAGAGCUUCAUAUACAGCGUUAGCAGACGAUGUGGUCCACGAAACCUUCGCUUUAAUGACUUCUGGAAUAACAAACAAGCUGAAUCCCGUAUUUGAUCAAAUCAAUAUGCGACAGCCGUCAAACCAUACACAUACGUUGACACCGAAAGGGCAACUCACAAACCAGAGUGAUCAUGGUGGUCUACCCGAAGGAAUUCAACGACGCCAACCUCUGCGCAAGGAAUCUAGUGAAUCAUCCGCAACCUCGGUGGAACAGCUAGCCACGGAUGACAUCACGGAGGAUAGUGAUCACUCAUUAAAAGAAAUGAUCAUUGGCACAAGUCGGGGACUACGCGCAAGUCAAAGGAGAAGAAGAGGAAGGAAAAGGACGGUCAUUGCCGAGAGAUACAUUGGUCUAGAUCAUGAUUCUGUCGAACACGAGCGACCUGAAUAUGUGCCGUACUCAGCCAGGUCAGUUAACGUGGGCUCAUUGGAUGACCCAGGGGGUACGAGCAAAUCUUAUUCGUCAAAGCCAAGUAAGGAAACUGCGGAUCUGGAAAAUAUCGCACAGUAUUUGCAUACCAAUCUGAGAUACUGGUAUCUACCGGAUAUUAACCUGGCGGAAGUGUAUCGACGCCUAAGAAAUCAACCGACCGGAAGCUUCAUCGUCUGCAGGAAUAACGAUGAACCGGAUUCCUACAAGUUGUAUUUCAAACACCCCGAAGGCUCUAUUCAAUGUAUCUCCAUUGAUCAAGUUUACAAUCACUUUAUCUUGCGAGGCUUGCCCCGCUACCCUGGACACACAAGUCUACUACAAUUGAUCGCCACUCAUUGCCGUCAAGUGUACAUACUCCCAUGUACACUGCAAAUCCCAAGUCGGCGACUGUUCAAAAUGAUCGGAUCUCCCAUCUCUACAUCAAUGACGAACCUACUGGACACAAAACGCACAGGCGCAGCAAACAAAGAAUCGACUUUUCGAAAUGUCGCUGCUUUCCGCCUCCCCAAAUCUUCAGGCAGUGAUCUGAAUGCGCGUGAAUUACUUUCCGGUGCCGUCUCCGGGCGAACUCCAGUGGCGCGACGACCGACAGAGUUGGGGAAUGGCACACGGUGGCACAGAUCAGUAUCCUCUCUGAUACCGCAGGGAGCGGCUUGCAAAUUGUUCUACUUUGGAAAUUGUAACGUGGGCAACUUCACCGGCAGUCAGGUCAUCAAAGUCUGCGUAGAUCAUUUACUAGACGAGCGUAUACAGACUCUCAACCCAAUCCCCAUUGAGUUUCGGGUGAAUGAAAAUGGAAUCACUAUGACCGAUUUUGAGCAGCGGUUCUUCACCAAGCGUCAUAUUCCUGCCACGUUUUUGGGUUACAUUGGAUUGGAUCCGCUGGGACGUACAUGGCACGCCAAGGCUCUUUUCAGCGAGGCACCAACGGAAAGUAGGUAAGUAGACAUGCUGAUAAUUUCCGAACCUGACUCCGGUUACGCUGCUAUAAAGCAUGCAAGCCAGCUAGAAUAACAACCGGUGGUUUACCGUAAAAGUAGGCAGCUGUGCACCCUGGUUCCGCUUGAGAUACGAGGCCACAUUAUUUGGUUACGUCCAUGAAGGAAGCACAUAUGAUUAUCCACAAUGCAAUACGUUCAGUUACCACUCAGAUUCAUCUCGACGAAGAGUUAGUAGGGACUAAGAAACAGUAUUGGUCUUUGCUUCGCGGAUGUAACCAUUGUUCAUAAGAUAGUCGUCUGCUGAUCCCAACACUUACAGAUGACAGAAAUGGGAUAUAAGGCACCAUAAUUUGGUAGAGCUGAAAUCAAGCCGAAACACUAUUGACAAUACGGUCAUGCAGCUACGUGUAGAGGAAGGGUAACAAUGUUAAAUAAGUUAAUCAAUUGGUUUACGACGGAUCACGCGCAAUGGGCUGGACUCUUCGGAGGAUGGACAGUUGGGCAGAUUAUCGCAAAUUAUUCGCUUGAGUCGCGACCAUUAAACACCUUUCGGUCAGUGCAUUAAGAUGCUAGUAGGCUGAACGAAGCUUGGUGAUCCCUCAUCCGUAAACACAGCAGUUUAACCUAAUCAUCGCGGUUAAAGUUUAGUGAUGGAAAGAAAUAGUCAGGUUUGCCGACUUUCACAGUGAUCAAUUAGUCGGAAUCUGGCUCUCCCCAGAUGAGGGUCAAUUGCGUGAGACGAGUAAGCGGUCCACAGCUUUGUGCGUGAGGUACAUGAUGGCCAAGGUUGCGUGUGAAUUUCCCUGUAAUGUAAUCGGACAGCGCUGGCACUGUAGUUAUCCGUUGCACUGGAUCAAGAGCGACGAAUUGGUGACAUAGAUGCACCUUUCGAAGCUGUUCAAUACAUAUUCACUGGCAAAUGGAAGAAAGUAAGCGACUGAUACAUCUAAAUAUCUGUGAGCUGGGUGUGUAUUAUUGCACUCUAAGAAGCGGUAGUCGAAUUUAGCAUGAUUGUGUUCAAACGGAAGUGGAAACGGGGUUUCGGCACCAUAGGUCAUGCUAACUCCAUGGUCCAACCUACCGAUUCUGGCCGCUAGCAAGAAUGUAAGAGCGCUCUUUGUAAGUUUAGACAGCGGUCACUUUCAAUUACGUACGCUUGACAUGAAAUUAAAACAUGGCGCGCCGAAUUUCAUCCGAAGUUGGGUAACCUGAAAUUAAGAUGACGAAAGAACUUCAGACCUUCGUCUUAAUUGGAACUCUUAAAGACCGCGUGUCAGCUCCGAGCUCAGAUCAUGGUCAAUCAACCACUAUCAACACUGUAGAAGAAGGAGUGCAGCGGCUGACGGAUGAGAGCGCUCGACACACGAGUAUAGUGUAUGAACACUUCGCUAAUUGCUAUGUUCAGUUCAUUAAAUUCAUGCCUAUCAUUCGUCAUCCUCGCGAUUCCACUUUUACAUCGCGCAGAAUUUUCGGUUUCACUUCUCACAAUCCAAGUCUGGCUGUUGGAAACAAUCAGUGCCAUCUACUGUCAGAAUACGAGCGGACGGAGCAAGCGGAGACCAUCUGUGCGUUUACUCAACGCUAUUUGAACAUGCGUGUUAUUUGAAACCCAAUCGCUACAUCCACAAAUAUACCAUUUCCAUUUC